CUUUAUACAUCAACUGCGAGUUAGCAAAUCGGUGUCAACAAAACAUGGCUGCCUCCAUGAACAUGAUGAAGUGAACUUGGAGAAGUUGUUGCCUGCCGUAAAGACUAGAGGAAUACACAUGAUAUGGCUAACUGACAAGUGAAGUGAGUGGUAUCUGUACGUACGUCAGUCAUCAUGGCAGAUCUGGCGGCAGACGGGGCUGCGCAUGACAUAUCUGAGUCUUCUGGAAUGGCAGAGAAGGAAUCUGAAUCACUGGAGCGGCAGUCUUCGGCUGACGAUAAACAGGAGAACUUGAAGGAGGGCCACGACACAUGUGACGAGAAUCUUGAGAGUGCUCCUGGGGAUGAAGAAAGUAAUGCAGAGAGACUACAGGAUGACGACACUGAGACCUCUGAAAACAAAACUAUCGAGUCUGAUCUGAGAGCUGACCAAUUUAAUGACGAGAACGGUGAAAAUGUGGAGCCAUCUGUCACUGUGGGAGAUGCGAAUUUGUCGGAGAGGAAAGGAUCAGGAAAAUCCAAACGAAAAAAGAAAAAAGCCAAAGAUGUGCACAAGGUGACAAUGACGGUCACUAUUGCCAAGGCCAUUCCAACAGCUGAAGAAGAUGUGCCCAAACUGGACGACCUCAUGCGCAAGAAAAAGCGCAUCGUCGAGGCGCCCAAAGCCCAGAACUACUACCACUGCCAGUACUUCCUCUUGCCGGAUGACAGCGAGCCGAUCAAGACGGACGUGGUGACCUUUGGCAUGGCUGCCAAGAUCUACACGGAGCACGACUCCAAGGUGCUGAAGACUUGGCAAGAGAAGAACCAGACGUGGAUUGCCUGGUCACACAGUCACACCCUCAAGGUGACCAAAGACCUGCUCCUGAAGCUCUUCAAUCACACCCUGGAGCUGCGCAUCUGGGACUCCAAGGACAAGGUGUCCUCCAGGGCCCGCUUUGACCGGCCUAAGGCCUUCCGUCUCCCCCAGGCCAAGCCGGGGGAAGAGGCCGAGGACGUGGGAGGGGUCCGGUCCCUUGUCAUGAAGCAGUCGGAGAGUUACAUGUCCCUGCAGCCGCGCAAGUCCUUCAUUGACCGGCCCGUGCCCCAGCAUGGCCCCGCUGAGCUGAAAGGAAUGAAGAAUUUUGGAAGGAAAGAUGCGAAGGGAAGACCAGUUCCUCCUUCACCAGAGAACGCCAAGACUCCCGGCCAAUCCCCCCCCUCAGAAGUCAUCAAGGUGGAGAAGAGACACAGUGGGGAGGAAAGGGAGGAAGGACAAGAUGCAUCCAAAGAGUCCAAAUUGGACAUAUUUUCGGCUGUGCCCUCUGGCGCUGAGGUGCAGUCGGAAGAGAUGAAGUCCUACGCCCAUCUAGGCCACUUGGCAGGACUCCCUCCUCCCGAGGAACUCAAGGAGAUCAAGAAGAAGCUCAAGAAGGAGAAGAUCGUUGCCCUGUCCCAGAAGGAAGGGGACGGGGCCAAGAGGCAGGCCGACCCGGCAGGCAAAGGGAGGGACUCCUCUCAGGGUAGGGGUGGGGACAGCCGGACGGGCUCCAACUCGGCUCCAACACCAGGACGCAGAGGGUUCAAGGAGUCGCCCCAACAGAGGGAGGCCCGACGGAAAUCCCACAAGGCGGAGCAUGCCGCAGCGGCCUUGGCCAUGUACAUCAAGCAGUACGGUAACGCCUGCAUCCCCAUACGCAUGAAGCUUCUGUUUGCAGGAUUGAGGUCCGUCACGAAUCGCUUGACCACGCCGGUGCGCGGUCUUGAAGACGUCUUCCUGACCCUCUCCCUGGAUGGGCCCCUCAUGUCAGAGAGUCUACGCAGGGAGCUGAACCCUCUCAUCAUCAAGGUCAGUUCAGGCACCUCCAUGCCCUCCAGCCCGCUGACGUACAGGGAGCUGGCCAGGAGGUGCCAGCCCGUCUACACGGCCUACAGGUUCUUCCGAGAGCCCACCUACGAGAGCUGCCGAAAGCCCCACGGCAAGAACAUAUACUGGGAGGACAUCAACGUGGAAUUACUAGGCACGAUACCAAAGGGAGAGCUGGUGGAGUACUUGCAGGGCCCCCACUUGGAGAUUGAGGUGCAUGACCGAGAUCGACGCCCAGAGGAGAUCAAGCAGAAACCCACGCUGUUCGGAGAGGAUAUUGAAGAUGACAAGAUCAGCAAUGUGGGCAUGGUGACAGCCAAGCGCACCCUGCACAACCCGUUUGUGACUCACAUCAAGCCGUGGGACCCCUACGGCAUGGCCAAGUUUGACCUGUCCGACCUCCUGCUUGGUGAGCGAGUAUUGAACCUGACCUCCCCCAUACACAGCUGUCCGAUACCCGACGUGAUUGGUCGUAACAGGACGGACACCAGACUGAUUGGGUAUUCAAACUCGGCUGACGGACCAAAGGAUGAGCCUUUAGCAAUGGGCCAUUACUUGGAGAGUCAUAGCCAGCUUAAGAUCCGUGUGGAGGUGGCAUACCCACUGACGACCUCACAGGAGGUCAAACUCAAGGCAGAAGUUGAAACGCCUUCUGAGUGUCCAUUUGCAAGGAUCGUGUACAUCUUUGAGUACAAGAAUACCGAGUUUCUGCACAGGCUGUUGAGACUGGUUACGGAGAUCAACGCCACGGCCCUAAACCUGGACAAGAUGCCACAGCAUAUCAUUGAAGCAGCAUUAUCAACCUACAAACUCUCAGAAGCGCAGCAGGAGAGUCGAGUGUUGGACAUCGUGACCGGCUUUCAGGUCAUGGAUGGAGAGAAGCAUAUCUUUGUCCUAGAAGGUCUGAGAGAGAAGGCCGUUCAACUCAUUUGGGAGACCCUGCCAAGACCAAAGGCCAAAGAGAACGUGACCUUCCGGGUGCUGUACAAUUCCAACAUGAUGUUCAGCGAGCGUCGCUACGGCAGCCUGGACGUGGAUCUGUGCCGCAUUCGCCUGCACGAGCCCCUCUCCUCCAUAGUCCAGCAACCGCUGCUGUAUGUCAGGGACAUGGUGCCCAAGCUGUGCCUUGAUGCUAUCACCAAGCUAGACAUGCUGGUCAGUCAGGACAUCUUGAGAAACGCCACUCGUAACGAUCUCUUCCCUUCAGCAGACAUGAUCGUCUCGCUCAGCAAGGAGUUUGGGGUGCCGCUGACUGCCGCUGAUUUCGAAGAAUUGUCUGAAUCUCGAGGGGAGCCACCCCUAGAUCAGAACGGGAAUGUGGACAUAUGGAGAGCCCAGACGGCCCCUGCCCAGCACAAGCACAGGGAGUGGACCCCCCUGGACCUGUACAAUGACAGGUACCUGGACUUACUGGAGGAGAGAAGGCUGUACGCUGAGCAGAGUGACCAUAUCAAGAACAACAUUGAUGCGGUCCAUGAAGUCAGCAACAGAAACAAGAGCAAGAAAGUCAAGCCAGCAACAAUCCGAGCUGAGCCAGUCAACGGCGUGGCUCAUAAUUACAGCACGCAGACGCUCAACUCCACCGAACAGGCUAAAGAACUACUACGCCGGGAACUAGCAAAGGAGCCAGGCCGUCGUUUCACAUACUGCCCGGAGUAUAACUCGGCCACGGUGGUGCCAGUCAACGUGGACGCCGUCAGGAAACAGGAGCAGCAGGAGUCCGUGGACGCCUGGCAGACCCAGAACGGUUUCAUCUAUCCUGGGAUGGAGACAGCCCUAGACGAUAACACACAUUCCCGACAGCCUGACGUGGCGAGGAGAGAUGAACUCACACAGCCUUGGAGGGAGAAUACCCUUCAUGCAAAUGUCCUGAAGCCAACCCUUGAGGAGAGGGAAGGGUACAAAUGGUCCGAUCGCAACAAAGACAUGGAUGUUUGGAAGCGUCCUCCAAAAACCUUCCAGCCUGUUCCCCCAAUCACUAUCCACCUUGCCGGUGAUACUCUCAACGGUGAGAGGCGGGCAGCGCAGGACGGGGAACUAGACGACUGGCGCUCCAAGAUCGUCGUGGAGGACACGGCCAUGAGGUUUCACCGUUGCGCGACGGACACGGAGCUGUACUACCGUGGACCCAGGGCCAGCAACCAGGUGGCAAGGCUCAAGGGUCUCCUGAAGGACCCACCUAAGAAACUGGCGCUCCGACAGGCGGGGAUCAGUGAGAUUCCCGCGCUGGCCGUCGUGAAUGACCCCAGCGUAGACACAGCGGCUAGGGAGGCUGGCAUCCCCGUUGUGCCGGCAGUUGAACCGCAGGAAGUAGAAAGGCAUUGUGGGUUCAUGCCGGGGCCACAGGACGAAAAGGGUUGGCAGAUGGAGGGAAACAGGAUUCCCAUACGCGACAUGGAGCAUGCCAAAUUUUCUGAACUGAAGAAAUAUGACUUCAAGUUAUACCACAAAGAUCGGGGAGCACUCCACAAACGCUUCAUCCAACCCCUCACCAAGGAGGAUAAGAACAGUCACCUGUUCCGCACCGUGGCAGCUGUGGACACCGCCGCAGAAGCCUCAGCUAGCUCCACCCAGAAGCUGCGUCCGGGCAACGAGUGCUUCCGACAGCCGUCACCGAGCGUCAAAGCCAAGCCGCUGCGGACGGAGUUCUACUACCCCAACAGGGAGCAGUUUUGGAGCACGCCCUGCCAGCGAGACGUCACCAAUCGGAGGAUGGUGAUGCAGACCGAUUUGGCAUAAUUCUUUGCUCAUUUUGAUUCAGUUGCUUUAUAUUUUAUUGAUGGAAUUAUAAUAAUAUGCUGUGAUGUUCAAUCCAACGUAAAAGGGUUGUCGAUAGGAGAUUCAAUGUUUAGCUUUAUUUAUUGGCUUGUUUUGUAUUUUACCUCUCCAUGGUGCAGCUAGUUGGGGAGUUGACUUGGGGAGCAUGCUUCCGCCACCAAAAUAGACCAAUCUACCAGGCCCCGCCCACUGCCUACGUAGGCAAUUAACACAUACUCCUCUCCAAAGUCACUCUGCAUUGGCGUCAAUCGGGGAGGGGGAAAUAUCAUAUCUGUUAACCCCCCCCCCCCACACACUUUUUUCGUCCCCAAAUUAAACUUGUAGCCAAUAUUUGAUUUUAUAUUCUAUAAUAGCUCAGAAUAGCUGAUUCAGUGACUCCAAAUUUGAAAACGAUGUUUAAAUGAUGAUCUUUCGCUCAAACAAAUUGGUUCAAGUAGUCAGAAAUUGCCUCAGAUCGCACCGAACGCCACACCCCACGCCGAACCCCACGCCGUUAAGGCUUCGCGCUCGCAUUAGUUCUGAUCAAGGUAUGUCCCUCUACUUUUGAGAAGCAAUUGACGCCCUUGACUGCAUGUUCCAGCCUUAAGAAGGUUGCCCCCUAAAAAAUCUUGGCUAAGGUUCUGUCCUAUUGCGUUCCCUUUCAGCUAAUAAAUUUAUCUGGUUGGGAGUGGAUCUGGAGGAUGAGGGUUCACCAUGGAUCCAGAAAGAAACUUCGGGGGAAAACUGCAAAUCAUGAACAGACUAUCAAUUUUUUGCCUAAACAUUUUAUUUUUGCUUUUUUUUGUUGGGGGGGGGGGGGGUUUCACGAAGUUAUUUUGGCACUGUGCACAUUGCACAACCACAUUUCCCCUUCAUUUGAAUAUGACCCCAUUUUAAAUACCAUAAGAAACAUUCCGUUGCAUUUUACCUCUUGUACUUUAAACUUUCAAGUACACAUUUUUAUUAUAUUUCCAAGUACGCAUUUUUUACGGGAGGUUUGCUUAUUGAAAAUGGCAUUUUGUGAAUAUUAUACUUUGACCUGCAUUAUGUAUUGUUGAUGUACAGAAUGAUAUUUAUUUUGUAAUGUUUUGAAAUCAUCAUUUCAGUUUAUUCCGUCCAAUAUAUUUAGGCACAAAAAUCUGUAAUUCCAUUUGAAAAAAAAAGAAGUUGUUAAAAUUUUUGAUAACUUUUUUGUACGUUAUUGCCUAAAUUUGACGUAAAAUUUAUUCAUCCAUAGUAUUGUUUGUACAUUUAGUGUAUAUUUUGUUUGAAUUAAUUUGUAAACGUGUGUAUUUGUUAAAUAGACAGGGUACAUAUGCCAUCUAAUGUAAAUACAACAAGUGUGACCGAUUUACUCUAAAAAACAAAAAAACAAAAAAACAGUUUGUAUAAAUUCUUCCUCUAUAGCAUUAAUAUGAUACACAUGAAGCAAACGAAAAAGCAUUUCUCAUCUAAAAAAGCUAGCAUUAUUAGUUCAGGCAUUAAUAGUGUGGGCUUAUGUUAUUAUUAUUUAUGCAUCUUAAUUUUAGGGUAGGGAAAUUGAGAACUGAUGGAGUAAUUUGGGGUUGCAAAAAGAAAAGUUCUUGUAUGAUUUUAAAGGACCUCAACUACAAUACUGACUUGACUUACUGAUAUUUGUACCUCAAUUAAAGUGCCUCAAUAAAGUUAUUGUUCAUAUUUGGAUCAAGUUGACAAAAAAGA